AUGGCACCCUUUUCAACUGAAUGUUUCUUGAGAGACAUCAAACAUGCCGAUAAGGACCUACGGCUGAUGGCCCUGUUUGAUCUUCGGCGUUACCUGCCGAGCGCGGACGAGAGCGGCAUCACCAGCGAUGUGGUCAAUAAAGUGCUUCUCUGCCUUUCUCCCGAGGAGCGGUGUGAGGAGGUUCAGAACGAGGCGGCCAACGUGCUUCCAGAGAUGGUGGUGAAGUGCAGUCAGAGAGACGUAAUUUUCCAGUUCUUGUUGUCGAGCAUCACAGAGAGAUGCAUUUUGAAUGACAGCGAUGACACCAACCUGCAGUACCUCAGCGGGAUGACUUUCAAGAACUGCUGUCUUGAGUUCGCCAGCGAGGCGCGCAGAAGCGUCGCCUUUUGGCAAAAACAAAUUGAUAUGGUUCGGCAUCUCUGCGUCGGCUGUGCGACGCAGUUGGAGGUAGACGACUUGCAGGACACAGCUCGCGAGAUUCUUUACACAGCGGUGAACACACUUGUGCCUGCCUACAAGGAGGCGCUAGGCGAGCGCGAUGUCCUCAUAAAGCGGGCAGUAAGGGACUUUCAGAAAACCAAUUCGAUCCGGCACGCAAGCCUGACCCUGAUUGAGUCCUUGCUAGCGCUUGUAAGGGCGGCAACGCAAGAGAGCGUGGUGGCGGAGUCGCUGAAGCUUCUGGUGACUGCGACAUCCAGUGAGGAAUACGUUGCCUAUCUCCAGUUAUGCGAGGUCGAGAUGCGCGCACUACGCUCGCCUCCGAUGCCGGUGGUGCAGCAGGUCAUUGACUCCGCUUGCGAGCAUCUGGCCCAUGUCACGAAGCAGUAUGAUGAGGGUGACGACAGCACGGAGAUGCUGCUCGAAGUUGUCUGCUCUCUCGUGCAGAUACACUCAAGUGGUGAGGCCUCAUCGUGGCGCGGCACUUUUGCCGCUGUCAAGGAUUUGGUCACCUUCGAUUCAUACGCUUCAGGUACAGAGGAGGACGCCUACGCAAACGAUGUCGGGUACGACGACGACUACGACGAGUACUACAUCAACGACAAUGGGACCUCAAACUCUUCGUGGAAGCUACGCAUGUGGACCAUUCGCGUCUUGCAAGCACUGGUGGCGCAGUACGAUGACAAGGAGCUGGGCAUGCAGUCCCUGAGCGUGGCGGCGACUACACUGCAGGACCACGUCCAAGCAGUGCAACUGGAGGCUGUGAAGUUGGUACGCACGGUGGCCAGUCGCUCCUACGUGCAUGACGCGGACUGCGUUGCGUUGAUCACGAGCUGCUGUCACAAGCUCUGCAACCUCAUUGGUGGCGAGGAUGACAAGGCAACCAUGUCUCUUAUAAAGGCUCUGGUGGACAUCUUUGAAUCCCUUGCAGACGCACCCUCCUUUUGUGAGAGCACAGUGCCGCUGCUGCUGAAUCAGGUCCGUGCCCACUUCUCCACAGUGGCAGCUAAUGCGGCCGCCGUAGAGGGAUGCCGGUGCAUUGUGGAAAGUGUCAUCCAGGCACGAGGGGACGGAGAAUCCUUGAGUAGCGAGACUGUGAGCCUCGCUAAGGAGCUUUCGGCGUUAUGCUUGUGCGGAGGCAACUUGAGUGCCAUGGCGGCCUGUAUCACAAAGGCCAGCGAUACACUCGCGCAGGUGUACAAGGCCACCCGCGAUGCAUGCGUAUCGACUGUUCUGGGGAACAACUAUGGCGCUUUGCUAGAGAACCGUAGCUUUCCUGCUGCAUGCCGUGCGGCAGCGGCGGAGAGUCUCGCAAGCUGGGCUGCAGCCCAGGGUCUUUCGACGCUGGAGAAGCCCGCAGCCGCCUUGUGGCGUGCACUGGACUGCGAUGAAGUGAAACUACCUGUUCUCCGCGCGUUGAGCAUCAUGGCGAGCAGCAGUGAGUCGUCAGCAUCUGUUCCGACGUCUGUCCUGGAGAAAGUGGCGGCGCUGGCUGAGUCGGGGUCAGCAAGUGUGCGGGCGGCCUCCGUCGACGUACUACUGCGCCGCCUUACAGCACCCAAUACGCCACCGUUGGCGGCUCCGUUUCUGCAGCACUUGAUGACGCUGUUCGCACCGGGACACCCCUUAUCGCUCUCUUCAUGUGAACUGGCUGAGGUGAGCUCGCUGGCGCUUCUUAUUGCGCAACUCUUUCAGCACCGAACAGAGAAGGCUGUGCCGUUUUACGGGACCUACUUCGUUGGAUUGUGGGAGCACGUUGCUCGGAUGGCCGAUGCAGUGCUGUGGAGCCGGAGUCUGAUGAACCCAGCACUAAACAGCCUUACAGAGCUCGUGGGCACCGUGUAUGAGCAUGAAUCGGAGUCACGAUUGACCAUCGAGGACGGUGUGCGCCAGUUUUUGGUGUCAAACCAAUCGCACAUCCCAUGCAUCUGCAUGGUCGUACGCUGCGUGAGUGCCGGCUCCGCGUCCGCUGUGAGCGCUUUUUUGCGUACUAUUUCUCCCCAACUUGUGGAAAGGGCGCAUCUCCUCCUCUGUGUGGGUGAGGCUGGGCAGGCGACCGGGCUGGGUGCCGACUGGUCCGCGCUGGUCCUCGACAGUGUACAGAGCAAGGAAGGCGAGCUAGUGCGGUCUUGCGGCGAGCGGUCGCUUUCUUUGUGCAUGCUGCACCCUGGCAACACCGAGUCCAUCUUGAUGCCGUGCGGUGAGAGGGCAGCGGACGGCGGCACUGCUGGCCGGUACUACUAUGUGAAGUCUAUCAAAGAAGCUGCAACGCUGGCCCUCUCGCGGCACCGUACCGCAUUUCACGACGCCGCGGUGAGCAAGCCCCUGUUGUCUCUUUUCCUUCAGUCAUCGGUCGGUGCAGACCUCGUGGAGCUGUACGGGGCGUGUACCGGGCUUCUCAGCGUAUUUCUGUUUGACGCGGAGCGGAGCUUAAUGAUUGCUGACGCCUUGUUCGAGACGGAGGCGUCGCUGGGUACGCGUGUGACGUGCAUGGUGGCCCUGCGCUACUUCCUAAGUGCGUUGACGGAGCGCUCUGCAAACGUUGAGAUCUACCGUCCGACUGUUUUGCGGGCGCUUCUUCAGCUACACCGCCCCACAGACACAAAGGAGAGCACGGAACCAUCACUUCUGCUGCGCUCCAUGGCCUUACGACUUCUGACUACGGUGCUUCAGCACAGUCCACACUGGCUCCUUUGCGAGGCAACACGCACCUCAAUUUUCCCGAAUUUGCUGACAGAACUCCGCGAGGACGCUAAGCUGCAGGGUACGUUUGACCUGAGCGGGUAUACCCAUCGCGUGGACAGGGGACUGGAGUGUCGUAAGCUGGCGUUUGAGGCGCUCUCUGCCGUCUUUCGGACUGCUCGCCACCACAACGUGGAUCUGGUGGAAUAUUGUGAGGCAGAAAAGUCUGUGGUCAGUAUGCUCAUUAUGGCUUGCAGCUCUCACGGCAGCGGCGACCGCGAAUCUUCGAUCAAUGACACCGCAAAGGAUCUACUUGUGCGAUUUGUAGAGAGCAAACCCGAGUUCGUCUUCACUCCACCCCAGCUUGACUCCUUGGUCGCAAAGUUGUCGCACGAUAUCAAAUGGGGCGCGUCACCAACAGACUCUCAGAAGACGACGCUCCUGUACACCAUCAAGUGUCUCAUGAAGCUGAGCAGCCAGCCGGUCUUCAUGAACCACGAGGGCUUCCAGGAGGUGGCCGAGGUGGCACGCAAGUCUCCAUUGCUGGCGCAGAGUCUCAAACUAUGA